UCUCCACCCCUUGUCUGGCUUCCUCCGUCAGCGCUCACGCCGGACACUUGCUGCAUUGACUCUUUCUUUUACCUAUACGACACCGCGCAGUUAUUAGCGCGUGGUCGUGGCUCUCCCCAAGGCUCAUUAACGCAUCCUGCCUCUUCGGUACUGAGCCCAUGGGCGAUUAUUUGAACUUCUUCGAACCAUGGGCAGAGUCAGUGAGGUUCAAGUGCGUACCCGUCCGUCCUCUCUCCUCUGCAAGCCGACUAUAGGGGGAGUCAUUUCUAGUCAUCGCCAUCACCAUGGCGGCAUCGCGCUACAACUCGCCCGAUCUUCGUCGCCAGGUCGGCACAUCGCCUAAGCCCAAGACCAGAGAUACCAAAGACACUCUCUGCCGAAACGUCCUGAUAUAUGGCCAUUGCCGCUAUGAGAACAGUGGUUGCGCAUUCAACCAUGACCAGAACCGAAACAACUCCAGUCAGAACAGCCAUAGUACCCAAACCUCUUCGGAAAAUGGUACAAAGAAGUUGAACGUCGACUCGCCGUCUUUUACACCGACCGGUUUGCAAUCUACAACUACAAAUCCAUCCACGCCAACAUCAUCAUCUAAGAGGCCUACCUUUUCUACUCAGGCUGCGAGUGCGGCAUCUUUCGUCCCUCGAGGCGCUGGCUUAUCCAAAGAUGAGUCCACAACGUCUGUCUUCAACCCGGCAAAGUUCCAGGAAUUUAAACCCCAAAACUAUGACUUGGCUUCCAAUAUCAACGCCAACGGAACUUCCCCUGAACCGACAGGCCUUGCGUACGAUCCAUUCUCUCUGUCGUCCAUAGGCCAAACCCUGCCAACCCCCCAGUACAACCCCUACGCUGAGGAUCCAACGGCUUUGGGCGGAACUACCGCAUUCUUCCAGCAACAAAAUACGUUUGUUCCUCCCAUGCAACCUCUACAAUAUCACCUUUAUGCGCCCCUCGGGCAACCUAGAGACGGGCUUCUACCCUAUCAGCGGCAAACCCACGACUUCUUUUUGCCAGAGAAGUUGCGCGAGGACGCUCAGCGAAAGUUGGAGGCCGCUCAUCAGGUUCUGGCGAACUCGGCCCUGCCAAAUGUCGACCACUUCACAUCCCUCGUGCCGCUAGACACAAACAAUAGGGAAAGCUCGACAAUUUUCGGAUAUACAAGCUGGGUGUAUAAGGCGGUGUCCCAGGAGAAUGGCAGGACGUAUUGCCUGCGGCGUAUCAAAGAUUUCCGUCUCAGCAACGAGAACGCCAUUCGGUCGGUCAAGGAAUGGAAAAGAGUCCACAACGGCAGCGUGGUGUCAGUUCACAGUGCCUUUACUACUCGUCGAUUUCAGGACAGCUCCAUUAUCUUCGUCUACGACUUCCAUCCGCUUUCGAAGACGCUUUCGCAGCAGCAUUUCACGCAAACGAACAACAGAUACAACCCCAGAACUACCGUCACAGAAGACUUGCUCUGGAGCUACAUCACACAGAUUGCCAACGCCCUGAGAGCGAUCCAUAAGCUUAACCUAGCUGCCAGGUGUCUUGACCCAAGCAAGAUCAUCCUAACCGAGAAGAAUAGGAUACGCUUGAGCGCAUGCUCCAUUCUAGAUGUGCUUCAGUACGAUGCUCGACGACCGUUGCAGGACCUGCAGCAAGACGACCUGGCACAGUUUGGUAAAGUCAUGCUUUGCCUGGCCAGCAACACGCCGCCCAGCUCACUCAACAACAACAAUGCCCCUCUCAUUAUGCAGCAACUGAGCGCUGUGUACUCAGAGCCCCUCGUGGGCAACAUCAUGUGGUUACUUUUCCCUCCUCAGUCGGGAGAAACCAAAACGAUCGACGCCUUCCUCACCAAGAUAUCAGGCCAGAUCAUGUCCAACCUAGACAUGUUGAUGCAUCAAAAUGAUGGCCUCAACUCGACUCUCUACCAGGAGAUUGAAAACGGGAGACUAUUCCGCCUACUCUGCAAGCUCGGAACUAUCAACGAGAGGCAGGAGUUUGACGGUGAUCGCCAAUGGUCGGAGAACGGUGAGCGGUACAUGAUCAAGCUCUUCCGGGACUACGUUUUCCACCAAGUAGACUCAAACGGGCAGCCGGUAGUGGACAUGGGCCACAUCGUUCGCUGUCUGAACAAGCUGGAUGCCGGGACGGAGGAGAGGAUAUGUCUCACCAGCCGCGACGACCAGUCUGCCUUCGUCGUCAGUUAUAAGGAACUGAAGAAACAGAUCGGGAGCGCAUUCGGGGAGCUUUUGAAGGGGAGGACCAACGCGGGCCGGGGCUUUUAGGGGCCGAACCCAAGCCGGCCGGAUUUCGACCUACUUGGACAGGACACGGGCGCGGACGCGGCAUAUACGCGCACCAGACAGUCAACGUGAUCAUGAAGAAGCUGGGUUGGCGCAAGACGUGUGGGAUUAGGGAAUGAGAAAGCGCAGGAAAGCGUUCUGUUGGAUGUCAUGGAAGCGAGGAUUCAUUCUUCGUGAUCUGUCCAUCGCGGUAGAUGUAGCGUGCGGAAUAGACGUUGACAGACAGACUCAGGGAGCCCCAGGGCGACUUUGACUGGAGACAUCUAAAUAUCUUGCCGAUGCGGCAAAAGUUAGGAGAAGAUUUAAGCAAAUGAAAGCCCUGGAAG